AUGACUGAGCCCCAUUACACCUGCACGUCGUGCCUAGAGAACCAUCCAGGCCGUUCGUCCUCACAAGCAUUUCCGGGGUUUUUUCUGGGAACUCAGGUUGACAAUUUCAACAAAAUAAUUCAGUUUGCUGAUCAGAGACUCCAGUUAAAUAAUUUGCAGAUUCUGAGGUUAGAGAAGAAAAACUCUGCUUUGUUAGCAGCUUUAAACAAGAAACGCACCAAAAAGUUAGCGCAUAAAGAGAGCAAGUCUUCAGGGUCCUUGAGUGACAGCAGUAGGAUGGGUGGAAUGUUUUGUGGUUCCAUUGCUGAACAAAACAACCACAAUGAGGUGAACACUUGCACUGCCAAAGGCACUUGUGAACAGUUGAGAGUAGGAAAUGAAGAGAGUCAGAAACAAAGCCAGGAUAUGGAUAAUUUUGAAUCCGAGGAGGGUGCCUGCAGCCUAUAUCAGCUAGAAAACAUUUGUCAGCCGGACAUUGGGUCAAAUAGCAACACGAGGGAUGAAGUAACAGAUGAAUUUGAAACCAUCAACACAGGUUCAGAGAUAUCACAGGAAGAAGUAGACAAUAAGGAUGUCAAAGAAGAAAAGGGGAUCACAGAUUUCAAUGCCAGUAGUUGUGGUAAGGACAGGAAUGAAGAAUUCAUUGAAAGUCAGCACACUGCAGUGUUUCAUAUUUAUAUUUGCACAGACAAACACAGACAGAAAUACACUUACUGCGAUUGA